AUGGCAUCAGUGGAGGCAGCUCCAAGCCCAAGGGCCACCAUCUCGCACGUCAUCUUCGACAUGGACGGCCUCCUCCUCGACACGGAGGGGUUCUACUCGAAGGCGCAGGAGAAGAUCCUGGCGAGGUACGGCAAGGUGUUGGACUGGUCUGUCAAGGCCAAGAUGCUGGGCAAGAGGGCCAUGGAGUCGGCGUGCCUCUUUAUCGACGGGUACGUCCUCACCGGCCUGCUCACCCCGGAGCAGUUCCUUGAGGAGCGCGAGAGCAUGCUGCAGGAGCUAUUACCCUCCUGCACUGUCUUGCCUGGGGUGCUACGCUUGAUUCAUCAUCUUCAUGCAAAUGGAAUACCUAUCUGUGUUGCGACAGGAUCCCAUAAACGUCAUUUUGCACUGAAGACACGGAACCACCAGGAAAUGUUUGCCCUCAUGCAUCACAUAGUCAUGGGGGAUGAUCCAGAGGUGAAGGCUGCCAAGCCAUCUCCUGAUAUUUUUCUUGCUGCCAUGAGGAGGUUUGAGGGCAAUGUAGAUCCCAGCAAGUGUCUGGCUUUUGAGGAUGCACCAUCAGGUGUAGGAGCAGCUAAGAAUGCUGGAAUGUACGCGGUGAUGGUCCCAAAUCCGAGGCUGGAUGUUUCCUAUCACAAAGAAGCCGACCAAGUUCUCAGGUCCCUGUUGGAUUUCAAACUGGCCGAAUGGGGCUUGCCACCUUUUAAAGAGGAGUGA